AUGGCUUCGCUGAUCUCCAACAACGGGCCCACCGCCUCCUCCGAUUCCACCACCAACACUUCAGAGACCUUCCAUUGUCUGCUGUCCACCGACGGCAAGCGCUUUCGCAUCUCGGAGAAAGCGGUCCGCCUGUCGAUUGUUAUUCGAGAGCUGCUGGACAAUUGCACCUCCGCCGCCACCGCCGGAAAUGGUGAUGAGCAAUUCUACAAGGGCGAAUGCGACGGCGAUACGCUGGCCCUGGUGGUCAGCUGGCUGGAGCACCACAAGGACGACCAGGCCGGCGGUUUUGUGGAGAUGGACGAGAAGUUUGAGGAGACCCAGGCCUGGGACGAGUUUCGCGAAGGCGAGCUGCCCGCAUGGGACAACGACUUCUUCAGUCGCAUCGAUUUGAACACCGGCCUCUGGGAGCUACUGAGAGCGGCCAACUUUCUGGACAUCAAGAAUCUGCAAGCCUACGCCUCCAAGGUGAUCGCCAAACAGGUGGAGGGCAAGAGCGUUGAGGAGAUGCGCCAGAUUUUUGGCAUCAACGCCAAUGAUGAGCCCUGGGUCAAUGAGCAGUAG